AUGUCCGUAUCAUCAUCGAAGCCGCAGGUUGAGACAAACCCGAGAGGUAUACCCAGAGCACCGUUUGUUUCAAAUGUCGAGGAGUACCUUGGGCCAGGCAACAACACGGUUGAGAGCACCCUUGCGAAAUUCCAGGAGAUGAUAGCAAAGUACCGGUACAUGGAGCUGAACGUGCAGAACCGACGAAAAGGGCUAGACCAAAAAUUACCCGACAUUGAGAAGACCCUCGCUAUGGUUGAGUUUUUGAAAGACCGACGAACAAAAACAGAAGAAGAAGACAUGGACAAAGACCUCGACGAUGAUGGGGUAGAUGAAGCACCAUUGAAGACCACAUUUGAGCUGAAUGAUACGUUAUAUGCUGAGGCUGAGAUUUCCGAGAUGGUCUAUCUGUGGCUUGGAGCAAACGUAAUGCUCGCGUACCCAUUGAAUGAAGCCCAUGAUUUACUCUCAAGCAAACUUGCCACUGCCCAGCAGAGUAGAAGCAACGCCAUCGAGGACAUGGAAUGGCUCCGCGAGCAGAUCACGGUCAUGGAGGUGAAUCUGGCAAGGGUAUACAACUGGGAUGUCCGCAAGCGAAGGGAAGCGAAGGGACGAGGAUUAGAGGCAGGCGACACAGAGAAAUAG